CUCCCCUCCCCCUCCCGCCGCCGCGGAGCGCGCAGGGAGCAGCCGGGGGCUCGGUGGCGGCGGCGUCUGGCCCCGGCUCCUCCUCCUCCUCCAUCUCCUCCUCGCUCCCUCCAUCUGCCGUGGUUAUGGCCCGUCGCUGGAGCACAAAAGCGUCUCCGCGGUGGAGGUCUGCGUUGGUCUUGCUUUUCCUCUCCGGAGUGUACGGAAAUGGUGCUCUUGCAGAACAUUCUGAAAAUGUGCAUAUUUCAGGAGUGUCAACUGCUUGUGGAGAGACUCCAGAACAAAUUCGAGCACCAAGUGGUAUAAUCACAAGCCCAGGCUGGCCUUCUGAAUAUCCUGCCAAAAUCAACUGCAGCUGGUUCAUACGGGCAAAUCCAGGGGAAAUCAUUACUAUAAGUUUUCAGGAUUUUGAUAUUCAGGGGUCCAGAAGAUGCAGUUUGGAUUGGUUGACGAUAGAAACAUACAAAAAUAUUGAAAGUUACAGAGCUUGUGGUUCAACAGUUCCGCCACCAUAUAUUUCUUCACAAGAUCAUGUCUGGAUCAGGUUCCAUUCUGAUGACAGUAUCUCUAGAAAGGGUUUCAGACUGGCGUAUUUUUCAGGGAAAUCUGAAGAAGCCAACUGUGCUUGUGAUCAGUUCCGUUGCGGCAAUGGCAAGUGUAUACCCGAAGCCUGGAAAUGCAAUAGCAUGGACGAGUGUGGGGAUGGGUCUGACGAAGAGGUCUGCGCCAGGGAAGCUGAUACCCCAGCAUCCUCUUCCUUCCAACCUUGUGCCUACAACCAGUUCCAGUGUUUGUCUCGAUUUACCAAGGUCUACACUUGCCUCCCUGAAUCUUUAAAAUGCGAUGGCAACAUUGACUGCCUGGACCUCGGAGACGAGAUCGACUGUGACAUGCCAACCUGCGGGCAGUGGCUAAAAUAUUUCUAUGGUACUUUCAGUUCCCCCAAUUAUCCAGACUUCUAUCCUCCUGGAAGCAACUGCACCUGGUUAAUAGACACUGGUGAUCAUCGUAAAGUCAUUCUGCGCUUUACUGACUUUAAACUUGAUGGUACUGGUUAUGGUGAUUAUGUCAAAAUAUACGACGGUUUAGAGGAAAAUCCACACAAGCUUUUGCGUGUCUUAACCGCUUUUGAUUCUCAUGCACCCCUUACAGUUGUUUCUUCUUCUGGCCAGAUCAGGGUACAUUUUUGUGCCGACAAAGUGAAUGCUGCAAGGGGAUUUAAUGCUACUUACCAAGUAGAUGGCUUUUGUUUGCCUUGGGAAAUACCCUGUGGGGGUAACUGGGGGUGUUACACAGAACAGCAGCGCUGUGAUGGGUAUUGGCAUUGCCCAAAUGGAAGGGAUGAGAUAAAUUGCACCAUGUGCCAAAAAGAAGAAUUCCCCUGUUCCCGAAACGGUGUCUGUUACCCUCGUUCUGAUCGCUGCAACUACCAGAAUCAUUGCCCAAAUGGCUCAGAUGAAAAAAACUGCUUUUUUUGCCAGCCAGGAAAUUUUCAUUGUAAAAACAAUCGUUGUGUGUUUGAAAGCUGGGUGUGUGAUUCUCAGGAUGACUGCGGUGAUGGCAGCGAUGAGGAGAAUUGCCCGGUUAUUGUGCCUACCAGAGUCAUAACUGCAGCCGUCAUAGGGAGCCUUAUCUGUGGACUGUUACUGGUCAUUGCGUUGGGAUGUACCUGUAAGCUCUAUUCUCUGAGAAUGUUUGAACGAAGGUCAUUUGAAACACAGUUGUCAAGAGUAGAAGCAGAAUUGCUAAGAAGAGAAGCUCCUCCCUCUUAUGGACAAUUGAUUGCUCAGGGUUUAAUUCCACCAGUUGAAGAUUUUCCUGUUUGUUCACCUAAUCAGGCUUCUGUUUUGGAAAACCUGAGGUUAGCAGUACGAUCCCAGCUUGGAUUUACUUCAAUCAGGCUUCCAAUGGCAGGCAGAUCCAGCAACAUUUGGAAUCGUAUUUUUAAUUUUGCAAGAUCACGUCAUUCAGGGUCAUUGGCUUUGGUAUCAGCAGAUGGAGAUGAGGUUGUACCUAGUCAGAGUACCAGCAGAGAACCUGAAAGAAAUCAUACUCACAGAAGUUUGUUUUCUGUGGAGUCUGAUGACACAGACACAGAAAAUGAGAGAAGAGAUACAGCAGGAGCAUCUGGUGGGGUUGCAGCUCCUUUGCCCCCAAAAAUCCCUCCCACAACAGCAGUAGCAGCAACAGUGGGAGCAAGUGGAAGUUCCUCAACUCAAAGUACCCGAGGUGGUCACACAGAUAAUGGAAGGGAUGUGAGCAGUGUGGAGCCCCCUGGUGUGAGUCCUGCACGUCAACAACUCACAAGUGCACUCAGUCGCAUGACUCAGGGGCUGCGCUGGGUGCGCUUUACACUAGGGCGAUCCAGCUCCGGAAAUCAGAGCCAGAGUCCUUUGAGACAGCUUGACAAUGGGGCACAUGGAAGAGAAGACGACGACGAUGUCGAAAUGCUGAUCCCAGUUUCUGAUGGAGCUUCAGACUUUGAUGUGAACGACUGCUCCAGACCUCUUCUCGAUCUUGCUUCAGAUCAAGGCCAAGGGUUUAGACAGCCAUUUAGUGCAACAAACCCUGGAGUAAGGCCAAGUAAUCGAGACGGCCCCUGUGAGCGCUGUGGUAUUGUUCACACUGCCCAGAUUCCAGACACUUGCUUGGAAGCAACACUGAAACAUGAGACGAGUGAUGAUGAGGCUUUGUUACUUUGUUAGGUACGAAUCACAGCGAGGGAGAUUGUGUACAAUUUGGAGCAAUAUCCAUUCGUUGUUUUGUAACUUUACAAUUAAACUAGUUUUAAUUUAAAAACAAAAAAGAUGCAGGGUGAUUUCUUACUAUCAUAUGUUAGCCUGCAUGGUUAAAUUAAACAACUUGUAACUCUAUGAACUUUAGAGUUUACUAUUUUAGCAGCUAAAAUUGCAUUAUGUUUUCAUUAUUGUUCAAUAAUGUUCUUCCAUUUGUUUCUAAUUGUUUUUAUCCUGGUACUGUAGUUCACAGUAGAAGUAUGGCUGCUGAAACUCAUCCGACUGUCAGUUUCUCUCUCCUAUGUUAGAAUUUGUUAGUACAAAAUAAUACCUUCUUUUCAUUGAACACUUUAUGCUUUUUGCCAAUACAUCUUGCAACUUAAUAUACCAGAUGUUAAGGUUGUUAAUGUACAAAAAAAGCCCCUUCUAUUCACCUGUGUUUUUAUCUGUGUAACAUUUGUCUAAAUAUUAUUGGGUUUCAUCAUAAUAUGAGCUUGUCAAAGGGAAAAACCUUUGCCUAAAAAUUUUUCUCUUACGUUUAACAUUCAGUGAUACUAAAUUUAGGUAGAGUUAGAUAAAUUAAUGGCAAAAACAAAACUUUUAUAGAUUUUCUAAUGUUGACUUUAAUACUCUAAUAUGGUACAAGCCAAAUGGUAAAACCCCGUCAUUUCUUUUUUCAUCUCUAUUUAGGGACAGAAUUAAACAGAUGAAAAUAUUCUACUAUGCAUUAAAUCUUGAACUUUAUAAAAUAUGUACAAAAAUUGUACAAGAUAAGUUCUAACUGGUAAUAUCCUUCCCUAGUACAGGGUUAUGCUUGUAUUGAACCCUGGGGAUUUGCACUAAAAUCAUAUCAAGGUCACAGAUGCGUUUAGUGCACAAGCACUAUCACUUUAAAUACUGUCAUUUGCUAUCACAAUGACUAUAUAUUUCCAUAGCUUUGGGGGGGGGCAUUUUUAUUACAACGUGAAAUUGCUUUGCUGGUUUCAUAUUUAUUUGUUGUAUUUAAAGACUGCAUUAUUGUAAGAGUGAUUUUCAAUAUAUUUUAUUCAUGGGGGAGGGGAUCAUGCUACAUGUUGAAAAGCAACUUAAGAAAUCAUUCAGAUGCACCCCCCCCAUUUUUUAAGUAGAAUGAAUUACAAACCCCACGUAUUUUUUUAUUGUCAGUUCUUGUUUAUUUAUUCUUUAGCUGUCUGUUUUAGUAGCUUAAUGAUUGAGUAUGAAAAAUGUAUUUGUGUGUGAUUAUUGCUAUUUAUUAAAUUUUCAGUACUUUGCUGAAUGUCAUUUUAAAGCAUGUUUGAGGUCUUGUGUAUUUGUCGUGUUAUGCUGUCAGGAAGAACUGACUGAAAUGUUUUAAUAUGUAUCAAGAAUUAAAAUCACUUUUUUUGUA